AUGGCUCGUGAUGUCGUCAAGGCCGCAAAGUCGGCAUCCCAUGUGAUGAAAGUUCACCAGAAAUACACUGUCCGCUCCACCGGCGUCUGGGAACGACUCCGUCAACUUCUCUCCAUUGACGCCAAUCGAUCCACCGGUGUGCCCUUGAACGCUCAAUACCGUCUUCCCUCGCCCGGCACCAACCCUCCUCUGGCCUAUGACGACCCCGUCACCGCUCCGGCCGCCGACAUCGCCGACAACCCCUACUGGAAGCGCGACAUGCGUCGGAGUUAUCCCAAGCUGAGCACCGUCAGCCAGGCCGAUGCCGUCAGCUUGUUGACCGUGGGUAGCCAGGCUGCCCCCAAGGAUGAGGUGUUGCAGAUUGGCGAGGCUGGGGCCAAGCAAUUGGUGGAGGUGCAGCAGCAGGGUCAGGAGCGUGGAUUGGCCGCGCUCUUUGAGAAGGAUAAGAAGAGCAUCCAGGGGAUUCUGGGGGCCAAUGGUCUGCCACCGACUCCGGCCAAUAUCAAUACCGUGGCGCAGACUGCUCAAUCCAAGUAUGAGAUUGACUCUGAGCACGGUUACCCCGAGGUGUAA